GACUGUCUUCCUCAUUGGCGCCGUGCGUAGAGGCGGAAUGUUCAACUCCUAACUGCGGCGGAAGCGUGGGAGCCGCGCGGGCCGCUGUAGUCCCAACCCCCGCCGCCCUCGUCGCGCGCGGGGCCUCCGCGCCCCCGGCUGCUGCUAGCGCCCGGCCCGGGAGCCAGAUUUUGUGGAAGUAUAAUACUUUGUCAUUAUGAGAUGUCGUCUCUCGGUGCCUCCUUUGUGCAAAUUAAAUUUGAUGACUUGCAGUUUUUUGAAAACUGCGGUGGAGGAAGUUUUGGGAGUGUUUAUCGAGCCAAAUGGAUAUCACAGGACAAGGAGGUGGCUGUAAAGAAGCUCCUCAAAAUAGAGAAAGAGGCAGAAAUACUCAGUGUCCUCAGUCACAGAAACAUCAUCCAGUUUUAUGGAGUAAUUCUUGAACCUCCCAACUAUGGCAUUGUCACAGAAUAUGCUUCUCUGGGAUCACUCUAUGAUUACAUUAACAGUAAUAGAAGUGAGGAGAUGGAUAUGGAUCACAUUAUGACCUGGGCCACUGAUGUAGCCAAAGGAAUGCACUAUUUACAUAUGGAGGCUCCUGUCAAGGUGAUUCACAGAGACCUCAAGUCAAGAAAUGUUGUUAUAGCUGCUGAUGGAGUAUUGAAGAUCUGUGACUUUGGUGCCUCUCGGUUCCAUAACCAUACAACACACAUGUCCUUGGUUGGAACUUUCCCAUGGAUGGCUCCAGAAGUUAUCCAAAGUCUCCCUGUGUCAGAAACUUGUGACACAUAUUCCUAUGGUGUGGUUCUCUGGGAGAUGCUAACAAGGGAGGUCCCCUUUAAAGGUUUGGAAGGAUUACAAGUAGCUUGGCUUGUAGUGGAAAAAAACGAGAGAUUAACCAUUCCAAGCAGUUGCCCCAGAAGUUUUGCUGAACUGUUACAUCAGUGUUGGGAAGCUGAUGCCAAGAAACGGCCAUCAUUCAAGCAAAUCAUUUCAAUCCUGGAGUCCAUGUCAAAUGACACGAGCCUUCCUGACAAGUGUAACUCAUUCCUACACAACAAGGCAGAGUGGAGGUGCGAAAUUGAGGCAACUCUUGAGAGGCUAAAGAAACUGGAGCGUGAUCUCAGCUUUAAGGAGCAGGAGCUUAAAGAACGAGAAAGACGUUUAAAGAUGUGGGAGCAAAAGCUGACAGAGCAGUCCAACACCCCGCUUCUCUUGCCUCUUGCUGCAAGAAUGUCUGAGGAGUCUUACUUUGAAUCUAAAACAGAGGAGUCAAACAGUGCAGAGAUGUCAUGUCAGAUCACAGCAACAAGUAACGGGGAGGGCCAUGGCAUGAACCCAAGUCUGCAGGCCAUGAUGCUGAUGGGCUUUGGGGAUAUCUUCUCAAUGAACAAAGCAGGAGCUGUGAUGCAUUCUGGGAUGCAGAUAAACAUGCAAGCCAAGCAGAAUUCUUCCAAAACCACAUCUAAGAGAAGGGGGAAGAAAGUCAACAUGGCUCUGGGGUUCAGUGAUUUUGACUUGUCAGAAGGUGACGAUGAUGAUGACGGUGAGGAGGAGGAUAAUGACAUGGAUAAUAGUGAAUGAAAGCAGAAAGCAAAGUAAUAAAAUCACAAAUGUUUGGAAAACACAAAAGUAACUUGUUUAUCUCAGUCUGUACAAAAACCAGUAAGGAGGCAGAAAACCAAGCACUGCAUUUUUAGGCCAAUCACAUUUACAUGACCGUAAUUUCUUAUCAAUUCUACUUCUGAUUUAUUUUUGCUUACAGAAAAAUCGGGGGAGAAUUAAGCCAAAGAAGUAUAUUUAUGAAUCAGCAAAUGUGAUGCCUGAUUAUAGAAAUUUGUGAUUCUAUAUACAAUACAGGACUUUUAAAGUAAUGACAUUCUGGCAUUUUCUUUUUUAAUGAAUACUUUUUAGUUUGUAUUUGACUUUAUUUCCUUUAUUCAAAUCAUUUUUAAAAACUUACAUUUUGAACACUCUUAACUCCUAAUUGUUCUUUGACACGUAGUAAUUCUGUGACAUACUUGUUUUUUCUUAUAGCAAUACACUGUAAUAUCAGAAAUGGUUGGCCUGAGCAACAUAGUAAGACCUCGUCUCUACUAAUAAUUUAAAAAUUAGCUGGCAUGGUAGCACACACCUGUAGUCCCAGAUACUUGGGAGGCCAAGGCAGGAGGAUUGCUUGAGACCUAGCAAUCAGUCAGGGCUGCAGUGAGCCUUGAUGGCACCACUGCACUCUAGCCUGGGCAAGAGAACAAGACCUUGUCUCAAAAAAACAAAAAAAAAAGAGAGAAAGAAAGAAUUGAUAGUACAAAAUCCAACAAUACUGAGAUGAAAGAAGAUUAUAACAAAAUGCUCUUCAGAAAUACCUAAGUGUUGAAAAUUUUUGGUACUAAAUAGCACAGCUGCUCAAAGUAAAGCCUGAGCAGUGUUCUCAGUAGUGUAUUUGAAGGAAAAAUACCCUGAUUUGAAACCAACAGCAGAUGUUGCAAACUUUCAUACCACUGCUGGCCAUGGAAGCUUCUUAACAACACACUGUCAUUUAAGGCUAUGCUUGUGCUUUAUACAAAGAGAAAGAUGUGGUCUUAAGGGGAUGCUUCCAGGGGGGUGAGUUCAUGCCUCUCCUGGAUUUUCCAGCAAGUGGGGUAUGCAUGGUGGUUUGUUUUUUAGAGGGGCAUAAUAAUCCAGGAUUCUAAGCAUAUGCUUAGCUAUUUUAAAGAGGAAAUUAAAUAUUACAAAAGAAAUAGUAAAGAUAAGUUAUCCUCACUUAGGCAAAAGCAGAGGUCCUUUCCAUACCAAGUUUAGCCUACCAGGGUUGUUUUUUGUUUUAACCCUACUUAAUAAUGUUGGUGUUUUAGAAGUAGAUACAGGCACUGCUCUGAAAACCUGGCUAGCCAGGGAUAUUCUCAGAAUGUUAUCACCUAUUUGUCAAAGCUUGUUUAAAUUAUAAAACACUUUUAAUUAUAUAUAUAUGAGGCAAAAGAACUAAGACUUUUUUCAAUCUAAAUUAGAAAGGAGUGUCAUUAUUUGACUGUUAAACCAAAAUAUUUUUGGUGGGUCUUUUUAUGAAGUUUAAAGAAAGGACAUCAUCAUAGAUAUGAUCUAAUAGUAUUUCUAACUAUAUUUGAUCAUUAAAAGCCUCUUGGAAUUUGAAGCGUGACAUGUUUCUAAUGCCCCUUGAGAGCUGAAAAAUACCACAUAAUGAUCAGUAUGCUGUGCCAGCUUCAUUUGGGGAGAAAUAACUUCAUUUGGGGGGAAUAGAAUGUUCUGGGUGUGAGGUGUACAGCAGUCUAGGUGGCAUAGUGAUGAAGAAAGGGAUCAGAGUCCGACUGUCACUCAGAAUCCUGGGCCCAGUUGCUCGACAACCUUGGGAAAAUUAUUUAAUCUUUGUGUGUCUGUUUGCUGAUCUUCAACGUGGGAAUAAAAUAGUACUUACUUGAAAAGAUCAUUGUGCGGAGUAAAAGAAAUAAUAUAUGUAAAGCACUUUGACACAGCACCAGGCCCAUGGAAAGUGGCUGGUUAAUGUUAGCUACUAUGAAUGGUGCCAGUGAAGACACUGAAAAAUAAGUGAUUUCAGUAACCUUCUGGAAAACUAUCAGUUUCAAAUAAUAUUUUCUCUGUAGUAUGAAAUGAAAUUAAAAGUGGAUAGCUUUCAGGAAAGAUAAAGAGAACAUUCUUGGAAUGUAAGCUAAACAGAUUUCUUCUGUUGCUCUUUGAAAACUAUGAGCCCUGGCCAGCUUAACCUGGUCUGAGGUGAGACUAAACACAAAAACAGUAGAUAAACCUCUCCCUAAAAGAUGGAUUCCCCCACAUACCCAUGCUACUAGUUUCUCUGUCUAUUCACAUAUAUGUACAAAUACAUGAACACAGCUUGUCUGUGCUCAGACAUAGAGAAGUACUACCUGACUUGAGUCAAUGCACCCAAGCAGAAAAGCUUGGAGUAGAGUAGAAGGGAGGGCUCGGGUCUCCUGUCUUUCCAGCAUGCCCUGGGGUGCAGUGGUCAGCCAUCUGAGGAGAGAGCCAAUAGCAUGGGGUUUACAAGGCAAAGAUACAGUCAUUCAUUCAACACAUAUUCAUAGAGCUCCUUCUCUGUGCCAGACACUGUUCUGGAAGACAGCUAGAUGAAAAUCUUUGCAGUCACAAAGCUUACAUGCCAGUGAGUGAAGAUUGAUGAUAAAUAAAGCAAAUGUAUCAUAUGUUCACAUUUGAUAAGUCUAUGCCAAAAAAUGAAGCUGGGAAGGAGGAUAAGGCCCGUGGGUGAGUGUUGAGGUUUUUAAAGUGUGGUCAGGAAAGGCCCCACUGAUAAGGUAACAUUUGAGCAAAGCUGAAAAAGGCACGGGGAUCUUUGGGGCUAACUCCGGGAUCUCUGCACUUCAUGUAAGAAUGUAAACCUUGAGUCUCAUUUAAGAAUGAUCAGCAAUACAUUUAGAACAUAUGAACUGAAUGAAAUGGACAUUUUUUCUUAAUUUACAUAUAAAUCCACAUGAUUAUACAUAAAGUUCUGAUGCAUUAAUAAAAGCAGCCAAAUAGGGCCAAAGAGAAAAAUAACAGGACUCUGUACUGGACCUAACUUUAUCAUUAAUUAGGUAAUAUUUUCCUCAUUUCUUUACUGCUGUCAUUUUCCUCACCAGUAUUCCAGAGAUGGUCAUAGCUCAGUACUCUACCACCAAGAACCUACAAGAAAUUAGAAUACAGCAGAAUUGGCCUCAGUGAAGAGCUUAAAAUUGUUCUCCUCGUAGAACUGGACUAUUGAUCAUUACCACGUGACGUUGGCUCUAUUACUUUCUGUUCCCAAUCAAUGUCCUUCUAGUGGUUUGAAAAUGUUAAAACAUCCCUGAAAUCUAAAUCAUAUAAUCAGAAUUGUAUAGUGUCUCACUCUAUCUGUAAAGAUCAUUUGGAAGACUUUAGACUCUAUUAAUUUUAAAAGUAAUAUUUAUUAGCCAUAUGCAGAAUUUCUAAGGAUAUUGUACAGCUUCUAAUUCACUUUCCAGAUCAAUGUUUGAAAUGGCAAUUAUCGUGUUGGAUUUAGUUCCGAUUACUUGAUUUACAAAAAUGUACAUUUAGAAAGAGAAGGGUUAAAAGAGUGAGAAAUGGAAACAUUCAAAAUGAGAACUGAAUCUCUCAAUUGUGGGAUUAUCAGAGACAUGCAACUGAAAAUGUCUCACCUUUCAUCUUUUUUUCUUAAUUCAUAAAGUUAUCUUGUAGAAUUUGAUGAGACCCUCCUAGUCAUUCUCAACUGGGGUGGUGCUGUCACCGAAUGGUGUUUGAGAGUGUUGGGGCUAGGGCACAUUUUUGGUUGUCACAGCAACUGGGGUGGCAUUUGCUGCCCAGUGCCAGGAAUAGUAACAUUAUGAAUGCCAGGGACAGUGUGCUCAGUAAAGUCUUCUAUCCAAAAGGGGCUGGGUACGGUGGCUCACGCCUGUAAUUCCAGCACUUUGGGAGGCCAAGGUGGGCAGAUGACCUGAUGUCAGGGGUUUGAGACCAGCCUGGCCAACAUGGUGAAACCUUGUUGCUACUAAAAAUAGAAAAAUUAGCUGGGUGUGGUGUCACAUGCCUGUAACCCCAGCUACUAGGGAGGAUGAGGCAGGAGAAUCACUUGAACUGGGGAGGCAGAGGUUGCAGUGAGCUGAGAUCGCACCACUACGCUCCAGCUUGGAUGACAGAGUGAGACUUCAUCUCAAAAAAAAACAAACAAACAAACAAAAAAAACCCGGUAGCAUUGUCCCUUCCCCACUGACAAACUUAUCAAAUCCAGAAGCUUUAGAGUUUCGUGUCUAAUUAUUUUUCUCCUGAACAAAAUUACCCAAGUCAAAACAAAAUGUAUUUUUAGAAUUACAGCAACAUACAACCUGAAUUUUGUGAGUUUCGUGGGUUUAUCUUAAAUCACCAUUUCCCUAAGGGGAAAUGGUUUCUUUCUCCUUAAGAAUGCUGGUGGCAACUUAAUGAAACAGCCAAAUCCACCAGGUCAGGUCACUCUCCCACUACACUGAUUCCACAAUUAAAAAAAAAAAAAAAAAAAAAAAAAAAAAAAAAAAAAAAAAAAAAAACUCAUUGAGAUAGCUACAAUUCUAUAGGUUAAUUUAAAGCCUGCUUUUUCUACCCAUUUUUGAAAGCAAAAUUACAUUUUACUAUUUUACAUAACCAGUGAAAAGAAUUUGAAAGCAUAUAGCUCACUGUUUCUAGUGCUCUGGAAAUGUUGAGGGUGGGUUUUUAACCAGUGAUUUUUAACAUGCAGUGAAUUUGUUAGACUUUUAAACACUAGCUAAGGUAGUCAAACUUGAUCCCCAUUAAAAAUCAAGGAAUUAGGGGUCGGGGGAGGGUUUAGGAGUGAUCCAGAAUGACUUCUCCCAGAAUUACUGUGCGUAUAACUUUAUUUUUCAGAGUUUUCAUUGGAAUGGUAAGAGUUUUAUGAAAGACAGUUUUAAAACUUAUUCUGAGUUAAAUAUUAAUACUUAAAAAAAUUACUGUACUAGACUUAUUGCAGCCUUUUGAAAGUAGCAGAGUUUCAUCACACCACAUAUAUAACAGAGCAUACAUUUUCUAUAAUCAGGCACCUUUUGCUGCUUUUGAUAAGACUGUUUUCCUGUUUAGUGUUAAGCAUUGCCAGACAUAAAAAUCUAUUCUCUUCUCUCGAUUGUAGCAUAGCCUGACAGCUCUAGAUACAGCAUUUCUAUGAUGAAAAAUGAGUGUCUAUCUGGAAAUCUAGAAGACUAGCCGUGUUUUCUCAGACUCCACCUUUGUUUGCACUCUGUUGCCUGUGAGGAGCUUUCUGGCAUAUGAUUAUUUACUUCAAAACUAGAGUUCCAAGCACCUACAUUAAUUAUUUUAUAUUGUGUGCAGAAUAGUAUAUCUUUUAAUGUCAGAUAUGAUACACUGCACAUAUUGCUUUUGCACUCUUAAAAUUUUUGUACUAAAUAAUAGAAAAUAUUUAUAUUCUUUGAGUGUGAGCUUUGAAUAGAUGGCAUUAUCACUUCAUUGUUUUUUUAACAAAAACUUUUUCUCAAUUAUUCUAUUGCAAUGUUAUUCUGAGCAAGUCCUAUGCCAAAUAUCUUGUAUAAUGUUUGUAUGGAAGAUUAAAUUUUACUCUUGUGUGGUAAGACUAUUCAGUUACUGAUUUUAUAGUUGGAAUUUGAUAUUCCAGCACAAAGUCCACAGUGUAUUCAGAAAUCCAAGUUGGUGUCAUACAUUUCAUUUUGAUGUGAACUUUUCUUUGCUUUCCUUUGUUCUAAGACUCCAUUUUGCAAUAAACGUUUUGACAGUAAA